AGCCUGAGCACGGUUCCUAGCUGCCUUGUGUGAAAUACUUCGACUUCCGCAGCGAUGAACGUAAGCCGGCGAACACAAUAGCUCGCAAAUGGUUAUAUAGGAAUGGAAAGCUGACUAUCUACGGCUAGAUCCUAGAAUGGGCCUUCGGCAAGCGCAUGACGCCUGCCGAGCGUCUACGCAAGAACCAGCGCAUGAUCGAUAAAGCAAUCCGAGAACUAGAUCAAGUGCGAGUUAAACUAGAGAAGCAGGAGAAGACUCUCGUCGGCCAGAUUAAACAGAGUGCGCAAAAGGGGCAAAUGGGAGCAGCUAAGAUCCAAGCGAAGGAUCUAGUACGUACGAGAAGAUAUGUCGAGAAGUUCUACGGGAUGAGGAGUCAGCUACAGAAAAUAUCAUUACGGCUACAGACCCAUCGAACCAACGAGCAAAUGAUGCAAGCAAUGAAAGGAGCCACGGUAGCCCUCGGCAGUAUGAACAGGUCGAUGAACUUGCCCGCAUUACAGCGUAUCGCCAUGGAAUUCGAACGAGAGACUGCUAUAAUGGACGAGAGGCAGGAGAUGAUGGAUGAUGCGAUCGACGAUGCAAUGGACGUUGGCAUAGAAGAGGAGGGUGAUGAAGUUGUGGAGCAAGUCUUAGAGGAAAUUGGUGUCGACCUGAACCAAGCCUUCGGAGAGACCCCGACAGGCCUUCAAUCCGAGAAAGUCCCCGAAGGUCGGAUUGCCCAAGCUAUCGGUGGCCCCAGCGGCGGCGGUGGGGAUCCCGGGGAUGACGAUCUCCAGGCUCGUCUUGACAGUUUGAGGAAAUAAAUAUCGAUUAGGUGCAAGGUUUUAAGUGCGACAGCGAAGGAUUUACCAGAGACUGGACUUAUUGAGACAUUAAUAUGUGCGGAUA